AUGGGUAUCGUAAAUAUAGUCAACAUGUGCUCGCACCUACAAAAUGCGUCGCGAGCACGCCUAGGUCUAACCUCCAUCCCGCAUACAAAAUACAACCUCUCCCUAGCCAUAGCCCUACACCGAGGCGGCUACCUCUCCUUCGUCACGCGCGGCGGCCGUUACCCCCCCGAUCCUGCUACCAUCUCGACUUUCGAGCCCGAGGAAUUGACGACCGCCAACGUCGCCCGCCAGCGCCUGUGGGUCGGCCUUAAGUACAAUGCUACUGCGGGUGGCGAACCCGUCAUGGGAUCGAUCAGCCCUAUAACUACGCCCAAGAGGCCCGUCACCGCUAAGCUGGCUCAGCUGGAGCGCCUUGCGCGGGGUUUCGAUUCGCACCCCCAUCGGGCCUUGAAUAUUGGAGAGUCUAUCAUCUUGACUACGAGUCUGGGCACACUAGAUGUCCGCGAGGCUGUCCAGCGCAAGGUUGGAGGUUUGCUGCUGUGCCGGGUAGGUCCAUGA